CAUAAGACUACCGGAGGCAUCUCUAGUCACUCCCCUACGAGCUCACAGCGCCCACAGCUCCCCGUUCCCCACGCCCGCCCGCAAGAACACAGGAAAUCACAACCCACGGUCAUGGCGGCCUUAGCUCGGAACAUCGCCUGCCUCGCCCUAUUAGUGUCGAUCGUCUCCCUAAGUUCCAUCCUGCACCGACCCGCCGCGAGGAACUACCACGGCAUCCGCGUCCGCUCAGGAUGCCAAUUUCGGCGCCGCUCUGCAGGCCCUGCUGUCGCUGGCCGGGAUGCAAGCCCUGUUCGUCUUCGCGGCGAUCAUCUACAGCCACCGCCAGAACAUGCACGCCGCCGCCAACUGGCACGUCUCGGAGCUCGCCUUCUUCAUCAUAUGCCUGCAGGUUGGCUUCCUCCAGCUUUUCCUGUUCGUCCAGCACCCUGGAGGAGAAGGUGGCGCAGACGACGGGGCGCCGGCGCUCGCCGUCUCUGCUGCCCACGCUUUGCCUGCUGUCGCCUCGGUCACCUUCUUUCUCGGCAUCUCCCUCGUCUAUGCGCAACACGCCGGCAACGGCGGAGGAGGUGCCGGCGUACGGUUCCUCGCCAAUCUGACGUUUGGAGCUGCACUAGUCUGCGUCACGAGCAUCGUCCUUGCCGUCUACACCAACACCAAGUAAGGUAACAACCGAGGCGUAACGUAAGCAUGUCCUUUCAGAAAGAGAUCAGAACCAGAUUACGGCCGUGGCUGGAGAAAAAAAAAAGUUGCACACGCAUUACAGUUAAACGUUGCUGUUACAGUAACAUCUUUUGUGUAGUAUAGGCCAGUUAAUUGCCAAUUUUUUUUGUCUAGCAGUUGUUUUAUUGAUUGUAAUGUUCUGAGAUCAACCGUCAACGGCAGCAGCGAUAUAAUGGGAUUAUUGCUGACCAGUUGAGAUAUCUUAGUAGUAUUAAUUGAUCUCCCCAUGGCCCAUGGGACUGUUGUUGGUUUAAUUGGAAUCCUGAAACUAACAAUAUUAGUAUUUCUUGGUGGUGCCA